AUGCAGGCUAUGCCUGAUGCUCGUCAACAGACAUUUGAGGAGAUUUACGGCCCACCAGAGAACUUCCUUGAGAUCGAAGUCAAAAAUCCCCAAACACAUGGUACAUCGCGAAGCAUGUACACCGAUUACGAGAUUGUCUGCCGGACCAAUAUCCCCGCUUUCAAGCUCAAGCACUCAACAGUCCGUCGUCGGUAUUCAGACUUUGAAUACUUCCGCGAUGUCCUCGAGCGAGAGUCGGCAAGGGUCACGAUACCACCUUUACCUGGCAAAGUCUUCACCAAUAGGUUCAGUGAUGACGUGAUUGAGCAUCGAAGGGAGGGGCUGCAAAGAUUCCUGCAGAUUGUGGUAGGGCAUCCAUUACUGCAAACUGGUAGUAAGGUGCUUGCGAGCUUUGUGCAAGAUCCAAAUUGGGACAGAAAUAAUUGGAAAAAACAUCAAAAGCGCCUUAGUGCGCCCUCGCACUGGCUGUUGGACAAGCUGUCUGGUGCCUACGCUCCUCGACCGUCUCCAGGCCCUCAUAAACUCAGAGACUGUAUGCCAUUGAUUGUGUUCAUACGAAACCGCCUAAAAUAUGCCUUGAAUGGCCGCGAAACAAAGGCGAUUGUCAUGCAGCGCCUCAUAAAGGUCGACGGCAAAGUUCGUACCGAUAUUACUUACCCAGCCGGCUUCAUGGACGUUAUCUCGAUAGAAAAGACCGGCGAGAAUUUCCGGCUUGUCUAUGACACGAAAGGUCGCUUCACCGUCCACCGCAUUACUACGGAAGAGGCAGAAUACAAGCUGGGGAAAGUCAAGAGAGUCCAGUUAGGCAAGGGCGGAAUCCCAUUCUUGGUUACGCAUGAUGCACGAACGAUACGAUAUCCAGACCCUACCAUCAAAGUCAAUGACACUGUCAAAAUCGACCUAUCGACAGGCAAAAUAUCGGAAUUCAUUCGCUUCGAUACUGGUGUAAUUUCCAUGGUCACUGGAGGUCGCAACAUGGGUCGUGUCGGUGUCAUCACACACCGCGAACGUCAUGAUGGCGGCUUCAAUAUUGUUCAUAUUAAGGAUGCGGUCGACAACUCAUUCGCAACGCGAGAGGCAAAUGUUUUCGUGAUUGGGAGUGAGAAACCGUGGAUCAGUCUGCCCAAGGGCAAAGGCGUCAAGCUUACGAUCGCUGAAGAGAGAGACCGCCGUCGUGCUCACGCGCUUGCAGGGCACUAG